AUGACUGACUCGGAUGAGACCAGUUGGAUUAAUUGGUUCUGCAAGAAGCCCGGAAAUGAGUUCUUUGUGAUGGUGGACGAGGACUUCAUCCACGACAAGUUCAACCUGAUGUUCCUAGACAUGGAGAAGAAGAACUAUCGCAGGGCCCUCCAGGUGAUCCUCGACCUGAACACUGGGUCCGCCUCCGAUGGUGUACUCGAUUCCGAAGCGGAGGUUCAAGAAGCCGAGGAGCUCUACGGGCUGAUUCACGCCCGUUUCAUCGUCACCGAUCGCGGCAUCGAACUGAUGUACAAGAAGUACGUGAAGGGCGUCUUUGGGAAAUGUCCACGCGUCUUCUGCGAGCGCCAGCACGUGCUGCCCAUCGGCAUGAGCGACCACAUCCGAAGCGAAAUGGUGCGUACCUACUCUACCAUUAUAAUGGAUAAAUUGGGAUAUAUAAAUAAGUAA